AUGGAACAACCCUCUGAUAACAGAGAUACCUCCAGCCCCGAGGUGGCUGAGGCAGCUAUGGAUAUCGCGAAAGAUGACGUGGUCAAGGGGGAUGCGACCUCCAAUCAACCCAAGAGAACUUUGUUCGUUCGAUCACUUCCCGCCUCAGCGACGACCGAGAAGUUAGCGGAGCAUUUCUCGCAGUCCUACGUGAUUAAGCAUGCCACGGUUGUCACUGAUUCCGAGACGAAGCAGUCCAAAGGCUACGGGUUCGUGACUUUUGCCGAUGUCGACGAUGCGAAGGCCGCAUUGGAGGAGCUCAACCAGUCCGUUUUCGACGGGAAGAAAAUUCGAGUCGACUACGCCCAACCGCGCCAUCGAACAAUCGACGAGAACUUGGGAAAGAGCGUCCCGUCAUCUGCCGCCAUCGAGCUGAAGAAACAAAGGGAACAACAAAAGGAAGCCGUUCUACCCCCCAAGUUGAUCGUCCGAAACUUGCCGUGGAGCAUCAAAGAACCGGAUGAUCUGUCCGUCCUCUUCAGAAGUUUUGGAAAGGUCAAGCAAGCGAUCCUCCCGAAGAAGGGCAAGGGACUCGCUGGAUUCGGUUUCGUUGUCUUGCGAGGGAAGAAGAACGCCGAGAAGGCCCUGGAGGCUGUGAACGGCAAAGAGGUCGAUGGAAGAACCCUUGCGGUUGAUUGGGCAGUGAAGAAGGAUGUAUGGCAGGAUCUGCAGAAGGAGAGCCAGGGACAAGAGGAGAGCGGCGACGGAAAACUCAGCGACGUCGAUAUGGCAGAUGAUGCCCAGGCGACAAAGUCUGACGAGGACGACAACAUUUCCGGCGAGGACGAUGACGAUGACGAGGUGCUAGGCGACAGCGAUGAAGACAGUGAAAUGGAUGAAGAGGAUGUGGAGGAAGAUGAAGAAGAGGAGAAGGAGGACGAGCGGAACGCCUCCACUAUCUUUAUCCGGAACUUGCCGUUUACCUGUACGGACGAGUCGCUUUACGAACACUUUACUCAAUUCGGGAACCUUCGAUAUGCACGCAUCGUCGUCGACCCGGAGACUGAGCGUCCCCGUGGGACCGGGUUUGUUUGCUUCUGGAAGGUCGAGGAUGCAGCCGCGUGCGUGCGCGACGCCCCGAAGCAACAGGACCACGCCGCGGCGGACAAGACGGCAAACAAGAAAGCAUCAACCGGGUUCAAGCAUUCGGUCUUGCAAAACGAAAACGCCGACCCGACCGGCAGAUACACCAUGGAGGGCCGUGUAUUGCAGAUCUCUCGUGCUGUCAGCAAGUCGCGUGCUGCGCAACUCGAAGACGAAGGUGUUUCACGGCGGCUCGUCCGUGAUACCGACAAGCGCCGCCUGUAUCUGCUUUCGGAGGGAACCGUUCCCCAGAACUCAUCGCUCUAUAAGAAGCUCUCGCCGUCCGAGAUCAAGAUGAGAGAAGACAGCCACAAACAGCGACAAUCGUUUAUCAAGAAGAACCCGACACUCCACCUCAGUCUAACGCGACUUUCCAUCCGCAACCUCCCACGCCAUGUGACCUCGAAAGAUUUGAAACAACUUGCUCGACAGGCCGUCGUUGGAUUCGCCAAGGACGUCACGGCCGGUCUGCGCCAGCCUCUUUCCAAGGAUGAGUUACAGAGGGCCGCCGAGGAGAUGAGAGAAGCGGAGAAAUUGAGAAAGCAGAAGGGGCAGGGAGUUGUGAGACAGGCUAAGAUCGUCUUCGAAAGCCGGGACGGCAGCAAGGUCGAAGAGAACAGCGGGGCAGGCCGGAGUCGAGGCUACGGCUUCAUUGAGUAUUACACCCAUCGGCAUGCCCUGAUGGGACUGCGGUGGCUCAACGGCCACGCCAUCGAGGUCCCCAAGACUUCCGCCGAGGAAGACAAGGACAAGAAAAAGCGGCUCAUCGUUGAGUUUGCCAUCGAAAACGCCCAGGUCGUCAAGCGUCGCAUGGAACUACAAGCCAAGGCGCGCAGCGGCAAGAAGGAAGACCAGCAAGGCGAUGGCAAGCCCGGCCGGCCUGGAAAGCCGGGGCGACCGGGCAGGCCGAGUCGGGAUGACUCGAAGAACAACCGAGGACCCCCGAAUGGGACGAAGAGAAAGCGAUCGGAGAGUAACGACAAGGGCCAGGACGGUGACCCGGAGGAGCAGAACAAGGUCGCCAAACGCAACCGAAUCAUCGCCAAGAAGAGGAUGCAACGCAAGACUCGGAAGGGCAAGGCCUAG